CAUCUGUCAAUGCCCUCUCUUGCAUAGUCAGUCUUGCUCUAACAGAAGUCGUUUAUUCAUGGGAUUUGCGGGAGACCUUAGUCGAACUCAUCGUCGUCGUCUUAGUGAUUCUCCUUCGCGACAAAAUCUCGUAUCCAGUUUGCAAAAGAUAGAACAGAUUUGUGGGUGCAAUCAUCGGGAUUUCUCGAACGAUAAUCGAAACUUUCGCGAAAUCGUUGCUGCGACUGUUUGAAAAAAUCAUGACCAAGAGGCUGUGGGUCAUUUUUCUUGUCGGCUGCGCGGUAACUCUCUCCUCUGAUUCAAGCCCGGAAUAUGUAAAGCAAUGCUCCAGGACCGACCCAAAAUUGGUACAUUGUCUGAUUGACGCUUUACAUCAUUUACGACCUUAUUUGAGUGUCGGAAUACCCGAAAUCGAAUUGCCUUCAGUAGAACCAUUCCGUAUGGACGAGCUGACUCUCUCCCUGACAGGUGGUGUGAACGGUUACAAGAUUCAGCUACGUGACCUUUACAUAAAAGGGGCAAGUAACUAUACAGUGGAGGAUAUUAAGCUUGGCUCGCCCUUCCAAACUAUUGUACGAAUGCCAGCCCUUAUACUAGACGCGCAUUAUUCCAGUUCUGGUGUAUUAAUAAUUUUACCCGCAAGUGGAAACGGUACAUUUCACGCGCGCUUCGGCGAUGCUACAGCUUUAGUCAAAGGGACUGUGUCGACGAAAUCACGAGAGGGAAAGACAUACUUGAAUGUCGAAAAUCUCGAUGUAAUACUCGGAGUGAAAGAUGUUCAAAUGCGAGUCAGCAAGAUCUUUAAAAACAAUCGAAUACUCACCGAGGCAAUCAAUCUCUUCCUUCGAGAAAACGGACAAGAAGUAUUAAAAGUGAUGGAACCACAGCUGAAGAAAAAAUUAUCGGCGCUUUUUGCGGAAAUUGUCAAUCAGCUGCUACGACAUUUACCAGUGGAAUCGUUCCUUACACCUUAAGAUGUACCUACAUCACAUCUUCAUUAGCGAUUGUUUUAUCUUUCUCUCAUUGAAAUAAAUAAUCAAUCUCAAAUAGGGUGGAACCGAACGUUAUAGCAUAUUAUUCGUUUCCUUAUUUGGAAAUAUUGAGUGUUCUUAUUAAAGUACUAAAUUAAUAUAUUUUAUUUAAAUUAUUAUUCAUUGGACAAAUUGUGUGCAUAAAGCAAACAAUUGUACUGAGAGAUUAAAUCUUCAUAGAGGUAUAUUUUUAGGCACAAAAAUAACAUAUGUUGACAAAAAACACAAUUGUUGUUUAGAUUAUAGUAAAUAAUUAUGAUAUUAAGUAUUGAAUGUGGUAUUAUAGUUUCUUAGCCAAUGAUAAUUAAUGGUAUAUUGAUAAAGUAUAAUAAUUAAUAUGGAAUAUAAAUACAUAAUUAAUAUAUACAUGA